AUGCAAGAAACUGAGAGCAAGAAGCCGACCGACUGACCUAUUAGGUGCCAGACGUGAAACUUAGAGCGGAAAAAAUUUCGAACCAUCUAGUCGAGUGCAUAAAUUUUUCAAACAUAAACGCGUCAUUUAUUUUUUUCCCUCUUGGUCUGCAUCAUGGUGAUCAAUUGGGAGGAGGAAGUCCAUCUUCCCCUUGAUCUUUGUUAUCGGUGACAGCUCCACCCCGAUAAAUCCUUUUUCAAACAAGGAACAAUAGUUCCUUCCCCAACCCUGACCGCGUAAAGAUCAGAUAAGUAUCAAGAUAAAAGCAAAACCAUUUUUUACCUACCUCCCAAAGUUCAUAUGCUAUUUUUUUUGCACAAGACAAAAAACGUUAUUAUUGUCUACUUCGAUAGCAAUCUUUUCUUGCGGGUCGUCUCCUGUUACGUGCAAUCUGGAACUCGGACAUCCCACAAGAAUAGAUUUCACACAUGGUUGCGUGGCUCGUCACCCUUCGGGGCUCUCCUUAUUGAUGGUCGACUAUAAAUACUGCAAGGCAUCUCUGAUUCAUUCGCAUUCACCACCAAUACAGAAUUACCUGCACGUUCGGAAACGAAACGAAUAAUGGGGGACUGCAAAGGUAAGGAACGGGUUGAUCUUCUUUGAUUCAGCAAAACUAUUUUGCUGGAGACCGUUUCCUGAUUUUCCUUCAGAAAGUUGUGGUACUUCGAUUCAUUUUCUUUUGGGCACAACGUAGAUGAUUCUGAGCUAAACCACGUUCACGUUACGGGUCAUCAGAUCUGUCACGUCUUUCCUGAAAUGACUCUACUUAUGCGUGCUUAUCGUUGUGUGUGGCAUGUCUUAACUAUGAAGGGAAGAGAUCAUGGCCGGAACUCGUCGGUUACAGGGGGACCGCCGCCGCUGCGAUAAUCGAGUACCAGAACCCACAUGUCGAUGCAAUAAUCGUCAAGAAAGGGACGAUUGUUACUGCAGAGUUCCUCUGCGACAGGGUGCGGGUUUGGGUGGAUGAGGGAGGUAUUGUCUACAGAACUCCGAUCAUCGGCUAG